AUUGCGAUAAAAAUAUUUAAACUUUUUAAAUAUUAUACCCACUCGGUAUUAACAUAAUAUCUGUAUGACCGUGUGUAUUUGCCAAUCCAGUAAAUGGUCUGUCAAUGGGGAAAGAAGUUUUAUUUGAUAACAAGCUGUUGUUCCUUAUUUAGUGUAGUGGAUACACUAAUAAUAAUAUAAUAGUUUACCAAGAUUAGUUAUGUUAGUGGAAAAUCACACCGAUUAGAAGAGGUAGCUGCUAAACGUCAUCCUUUACACUCGUUUAACUAGUAAUAACCGACUAAUGACAUUGCUCGGUUUUGUUCAUUUUAUCAUAUAUAUAAAUUUGACUGUAGUUCCCCUAAUUGACUUAUUCACUCAUCGAUCUCCGUUCUACACACAUUUAAUUUACAAAAUUUACAUUUAUUCAUCAUGAGUGGACGCGGCAAAGCUGGAAAAUCGAAGGGAGUCAAAUCCAAAACCAGGUCGUCCCGUGCCGGACUCCAGUUUCCGGUCGGUCGUAUCCAUCGUUUGCUGAGAAAAGGAAACUACGCCGAACGUGUAGGAGCCGGAGCACCGGUAUACUUGGCUGCCGUCAUGGAAUACCUGGCAGCCGAAGUUUUGGAAUUGGCCGGUAACGCCGCCCGUGACAACAAGAAGUCCCGUAUCAUUCCCAGACAUUUGCAAUUGGCCAUUAGAAACGACGAGGAGUUGAACAAACUACUGUCUGGUGUGACGAUCGCCCAAGGCGGUGUUUUGCCUAAUAUCCAAGCGGUCCUUUUACCCAAGAAAACCGAAAAGAAAGUCUAAUUUUCGAAAUUUAACUAACCUUCUCUCUCACCCAUUACAUUUUCAUUCAUUUUCUACUAUAUAUAUUUAUUGACUAUGAAAAAAUUAAAUGGCCCUUCUCAGGGCCACAA